AUGGCGACGAGCGCGGACAAACAGUCGCGGCCUGUAUUGUUCGAAGCGAGGUCAUCAGAGACGUUCAUCACAUUCGUCGUGUCAUUUUCCGUGUUCACUCUUGUCCCAGUCACGCCAGCUACUCUCCGCGAGCGCGUGGGUCUUCCCGCGAAAGAUGCCGGCCAAUUUGAAGAACAACGAUGGACAUCGAUUCUACUCGCGCUCUACGGAGUCGGCGAACUAGUAUGCGCACGUGAGUCUCAAAUCGCCUUCUGCAAGGAUGCCAAACUGAUAGAGAAGAUAGCUCUUGCCGGAUACAUAGCCGAUCGAAUCGAGUCGCGCAAAUGGCCCUUCAUGGUAGGAUUGAUUCUGCUUGGUGGAGGCUGCGCUCUUCUUUGCGUUGGAACAAACCUUGCGUUUUUGAUAUGUGGACGACUAUUGCAGGGCGCAUCUGCUGCGGUCGUCUGGGCUGUCGGACGUGCGCUUUUGGUUGACUCUGUGGCGCGGGAGCGGCUUGGGCAGCAUCUUGGGUAUCUGGGAACGGGUAUGGCCAUGGGGACGAUGGUUGGACCUCUUCUGGGAGGCGUCAUAUACAAACGAUGCGGAUACUAUGCCGUCUUUGGAUUGGCCUUUGCGAUGGUAGGGCUUGACAUUGUGCUUCGGAUUGUCGUGAUAGAGAAGAAGGGGAUCAGAGAUGAGGUUGAUUCUUCAAAUUCUGAUAGCGCGGCAUGCUCGCAGUUGAAGUCAAAAAGCGGCGAUGAGUUUGGUACCUUGGACCCCGUGUGUGGGGAGAAACCAACGGCUGCCAAAGGGGAGAAGGAAGAAGGGGUGCGAUGCCCAGGACAGGAAGUACAGAGACGACAACGAGGUCCAUUGAUGGUACUACUACGCUCCGAACGGAUGUGGGCGACUAUUUGGGGAUACUUUGUCCUGUCGAUGAUCUUGUCGUGUUUCGACAGCGUAUUGCCACUGUUUGUGGAAGACACAUUUGGGUGGUCACAGUUGGACCAGGGGCUGAUAUUUCUGCCAUUGUCAAUCCCCAAUUUCCUUGGCCCUGUCUUCGGGCAUGUCAAUGACAGAUUCGGCAAAGCGAGACGCUACCUUGCCGCGGGCUCCUUUCUCGGUGCUACCGUCGCCUGUGUUCUUCUUCGUUUGAUCUCUCAAAACACGAUCAAGUGGAAAGUGGUUCUUUGUGUGCUACUCGCACUGCUUGGGCUCAGCCUCGCAGCCCUAGUUCCCUGUAUGUUAUCGGAGAUCGGGUUCAUUGUCCUGGAAGAAGAGGAGCGCAAGCCGGGCGUCUUUGGAAAGGUCCAGCCUGUGGCGCUGGUCUACGGAAUCCUUAGCUUUGUUUUCGCCGCAGGCUCCAUUGUGGGGCCGUUUUUGGCCGGGUUCAUUCGCGAAAGCGCGGGGUGGAACACGAUGACUUGGGUGCUGGGCUUGAUAGCAGGGGUCUCGGCUAUCCCGAUGUUGCUUCUCGGAGGGCUCUUCGUCCCAAGUCAGAAAUUGACCAAAAGCGAUCACCGCGGCGAUUGA